CCCCAGCUAAUGCAGGGGGAGGCCAGAAAGAGAAGUGGGAGCGGAGAGAUAUUACAGAGUUACCAAGGCAGGACAUCUUCGUCAAAGGAAGGAAAGAGAGGAGCAGGAAAGGAGGAAGAGAACAGGCUGAAACAGUUUUACCCAGAGCCAGUGGACAUGAAACGUAGAUGAAUAAGACGUACAUAUAUAACAGACUGAAAUAAUCGUCUCAGCCAGUGUGGAGGAUUCACUGGGGAUAGGAAAUUAUAUAACAAGAAAAGGACAUUUCUCUGCAGGAAGAAAGGUGGUCUGUGAGAGAACGGGCGACCAACUUUAUUACUCUAACCCAAACACUAGACUUUCAUACCUGAAAGCAUGAUGAACGGCAGGAUGAGUGUUUCCCGUAACGGUACCUUGGAGAAACCCGCGUCCCUGCAGACCUCCACGGACCGAGGAGAGCCCAACACACCUCACCCGCGCCUCCAUCACACCGGCUCCAUCUCCUCGAGUACUCCGGUAAACGUGUCCAGCUCAUGUGUGGUGGUUCCUCCUCCGUACUCGAUAGCAGGCAGUGCGGAGAACGAGUCUUCCCUGGAGCUGAGGGGCUCUCUGGACUGUUGGGCCUGCUCUGUUCUGGUCACAGCACAGAAUCUGAUCAUCACCGCGCUCAAUGCGGGUCUGGCGGCGCUGAUCUUCGGCCUCAUCCUCUUGCCUUCGCUCGUCAUGGUCGUGUUUGGCUUCCUCUGCCACUCAACGGUUCAGCACCACGGUACUUCAGUCUACUGUUCAGAUCUCUUGGACGAUGGAGGCUGUGUGGCUUUACUGGUGGUGGGGUUCCUGCUGCUGGCUCCGCUCCUGGUUCUGGCUCUGGCCGCUUACUGCAGGAUGGCACGCCAUCUCCAGCUGGGCCUGUGCUUCAUCCCCUACAGCCGUGCUGUCUACAAGAACCUGCCUGCAUCACAUCAUCGAGGCCUGGGGGGCUGCUGUGGCCAGCAGGGAGCAGGAGAGAGCGAGGGAAAGGGUAGCGUGUGGGUUUGAGCACUAAAGAGUGCCAAUAUGUCAAUAAAAGCAGUGCCAUGUUCUUACUAGUUUUGUUAAACAGAAUUUUUACAAUUGUGGAAUUAAUUCAUUGCCAGACUCUUUUUAGCCAUGCUUUUGCAGUGAUGUUUUUCAGUCCUUUUUAACUGGAUCAACCUAUAGAGCUAAGGGUAACACCAUUUCAUUUUUGACAGGAAUGAAAACAAGGCUGUGAGGGAUUGAAGUGCAUUGCGUUCAGUGGAUUUUUCAGCUGUCAAAACAUAUUUUCUAAAGAGACAAACGUUUUUAAAGUUGUGAAAAUGACAUGAUCUAUCUUUAUUGAGUCUGUGGCAUUGUAAAUAAGGCUUAGGAUGCAUGGGGUAACUUUUUUGAGCAGUGUUGCCAGGCAAUGUUGCUUGGUCACUUUCCCAUUGAGAACAGGCAACAUAAGUUUAUCUGGAUAUUUUAGAUCUGUCGUGGGCCCCGUGUCUCAUGCGUUCAACCGUUGACAGCAACAUUGCUCAUAUCAUCAGCCUAAGUCUAUCCCUCACAGCCUUGUUUUCAUGUGUUAAAUUCAAUAUGGCUCCUAGCCUAAAGUCUGUCAUAUGGUGAAAAAAGGUGGAACUAUUUUUAAAAAUCAAAUAAAGAUAUUUUUAUGCUGUUCCUUUGUAACAUGUUUUUAGUAUUUUAGUGAUUUUUUUGUACAUUUAACAUGAAGAAUAACGAUAAAGUAUUUGUAAAAAAAAAAAAAAAAAAUUAUUAUUGCUGUACAAACACCUUUUACAACUUAUAAAAUAAAUAAAACAUUUUCACCACAAAUGUAUGAAAUAUCAACAGCGAGUAGUUUAAUUUUUCAUACAUCAGUGAUAUCUGUCAGACACUAGGCUACAGGCAAAAACAUCCUUUAUAGCAGCUUUAAUUGGCAUUAACGUGAUUCAUUCAUUUAUUGAGUGCAAUUUAUUAAGAAGGUCUGCUAAGACAACUUCUGAUGAAAGGGGACAAAAUGUACCAGGGGUAAAAAAAAAAAAAAAAAAAGAUUUAUCCCAGUAAAAAAUAUAAAUGUAAGCAUUUUUUUUUUUUUUUUUUUUUUGUACAUUUACAUUUUUAUAGAUUUUUUUUUUUUAGAUCUUUAAAUGUUUAUUUAAUUUUUAUAGUCCCACUAAAACAUUUUUAAGUAGCCAGGCUAUAUCCAUGGAUUUAAAAUGCAUUUAAAAUUAUGAGACCAUUUAUUUGUCUUUUCCAAGUUUAUAUAUUUAAAUAAAAGAUUUAUAAAAUUACCCAUAUUUUACUAUUGAGGUAUGAAUAAAAAAUAAAAUUAUGGCUACACAUAAUUAUAGAAAAAAAUAAAAUAAAAGAGCCUUGAGAAAAAUGCUUCAGAUAAAGAUUUAAUGUUGAAUACGUUCACACUUACAUCAAAUAUAUUAUGAUCACAUGCCUCAUGAGUUAUGACGGUAAACAUUUAAAAGGAAUAUUUUGACCUCUCCUUUAAACAGUAAGAAAGAGUGAUUUCUUUUUAAAGUCUGUUGCGCUUUUUGACACUUGUGUUUUGCUGUAACUGGUUUCAUCAAACCCGAAGUUUCAGUAGCCUAAAGAAUCAAGUAAGCUUUCCUUUUAAAAGCGCAUCAUGAGGUUCAUUUCCGUUAAUCUCUAAUCAUGGGCCAUUGGUUUUUGGACCCCGACUAUUGCUACUUGUGGCCAUAAUUUAUUUUUAAUUAAAUAGCCUACUUGUAGGCCUAGAUAAUAGCCUACUAUAGCCUAGAUUACGUAUGAUUUAAUGUUGUUUGCUUUGGUGUUGCCACCCGAAAAAUAAUGUUCUAGUUCCGUCCCUGAAAUGUACUCAGCCACUCCUGAGGUCAGGAGCUUUUGUUGUGGCUUGCAGGAUUAGUUAUUUAAAGCCUCAGUCUGUGGAAAUUUCCCAUGGCGUUCCGCGCACGCUCUGUCAAAGCUUUAAUACGCAACCGAGGUAACGGAACAGAGGGGCAGAUAGAGCAUCAGUAGCCUAUCCGCCGGGAAUGCGUCCUGAUCACUGCCAUAAGACGACCUCUAUAGGGACCAGCACGAGCACACUCUCAUGGAGCCAGAGUUUCAAACGCAGCAGAUGCAACAGAUCACUGGAUAAGACACGCAGCGUUUCUUCGUUUCUCUACAGGUUUGAAACAAUCUUCUAGAUUGGGUAAGCCAUGGGUAAGAAAGUCUUGCAGUGUUUUCCUUGGUACAAACGCUGUAAAGACCUGGGUAAAAGCAGGCUGUGCCCUCCUCCGCCUGUGCCAUCUGUUGAGGUGCAACCUUGCUUCUCUCCGACAGUCUCCUGGGGUUACGACGGAGAGGAAAGCACCACACGCCCUGUCUAUUUUUCCCAUAAAGCACGAGUAGUUUAUCGCCACCAGAUGGAAGGAAAUAUUAUUGACGCCACCUGCUGACCUUUGGGCUUCUUUCCCAGAAUCCCUGGCCUUGUACCUGGCUGUAGAUGUCCAGCGUAGAGGAGCGUUGUAGGAGCCUACUAGACUGUUCCAUCAUUUGUAAUUAAACUAAAUAUUUAGUAUUUAGUAAAGAUGUCAGUGUUUUCACUGGUUCACUGGUCUUGUUCUUACUGUGUUGAAAUAUAAUAUAAUGUUUCAAGGGAGACAGAGUGUGCAGGCCACAUGGAAUGGAAAAACAGGAAGAGAGCUGGAUUUUUUAAAUACAAAUGUAAUGGUUAUGUGUUUUGUUGUGCAAAUCUGAUCCUGGAUGUAUGAUUGCCUGUUGUUUUUCAGAUGACAAACCACGGUUGGUUUUUUAGAGGUUUAUGAAUGCAUUUCAGGCAAAAGAAAACAUUUUGUACUUAUCACUGGAAUUUUGAUAUAAAAUGUAUGUACAUUUAGUAAUUAUCGUGAUAUCAUUUUUUUCUUAUUCUAUGAAUGUGUCAAAACAGUUUGAGUAUUGAAUAAAAUUUAGUUUAAAUAUAUAAACAUUUGUAUUUUUAAUCUUUGUCUCAUUUAAAUGUGAUGAAAUGAAACAGAAAAAAAAUAAAUACAUGAUAAUACAA